CUCAACACAUACAAAAGAGUGACAAAAAAAAAAAUCAAAUUAAGUUUUGGCGGGAAAAUAGAAUUGUUGCAAAUGGAUAGUCUUCCACCGCCACCGCGGCCCCGCCGGUGCAGUGAAGGCUCGCUGAUUGGGGUUCAGUUUCCGAGUGUUCGAACUCGCCCUUACUAUUUUAGGAGGUGUAAAAAGGUGAAUCCGACAAGCAUAGAGUCUCUGUUCGAGGAGCUGUUGAUGGAAAUCCUGGUACGUCUCUCAGCUGAUGAUCUUUACGCCAAUGUAAGGCUGGUGUGUCGCAGAUGGUACCAUCUAAUCCAUUCCAAACCUUUCGUGUACGCGCACCUUAACCAUACUAGUCAUGGACUUCUUCUCUCACAUUCCUCGGAUUACCUAGUUUUUAUAACUGCAACAACACAAGGCCGAAUUGAAGUAUCUAAUUUAGGUUACGUAAUCAGGUUCCGACAUGUCUCUAGUUGUAAUGGUUUGACUGUGGGGUUAGAGUUCUGUGGAAAGUAUGCUGCGUUUAUUGUGAAUCCUGCUACAAAGUGUCGCUUCAGCCUCCCUCCAUUGCCUGUUGGAGGAGAGUCUGGUUUCCUCGGGAUAGCUUAUGCUGCAGCUUCCAUGGAGUAUAAAGUGGUCCUAACAUACAUUGUUGAUAGGAUACAUAAAUGUGCUAUAUUAACUGUUGGAGUCGACAAGACUUGGAGAAGUGUCGCCAUUGCUAAAUCAAUUGGCAUCCUUCAGACUCCGUUAAUCAUUCAAGGAUUUAUGCUCUGGCUUUUAGAAAGGACUCGUAUCAUGACAUUGAAUGUGGAGAGUGAAGUUAUGAGAGAGAUUCAUGUCCCCAUUUUUCCUCCAGAUUAUGACAAGAGGAGGCACUCGUAUUGUUAUCUUUCAACAGGGAGGUAUCUCUCUCUGUUGAUUGAGUAUGAACAUUUGUUGUGGCAAGUUUGGGAGAUGAAACCGGAAACUGGGGAAUGGAGAAAGCUGUCGCGCAACAUUGACCUGAGAGCUCAUAAGUGUAGAAUCCAACAGUUUGCUUUGGAGAGUCAGGAUGACCUUCAGAUAGUUGGUUGGGUUAAAUAUCCGGAGGUGUUGGUGUUUGUUUUCAGGGGGAUUCGUCGCUUUUGCUAUUACUACAAUCUUGGUGCAGAUGAAAUCCACUCCAUCGAUGUACCUGUUUUUGGUAAUUUCGCCGAGUAUGCAGUGCAUAGGAACAGCCUCGUGUGGUUAAGUUAAGGGCUUCUAUUCUGUUUUCUUGUCACUAUUUCAAUGUGUUGUUUGAGGGAUCUUUAAUUUAUAAACAUUAUUUUCUUUCAUGUCAUCAAUAUUGACAAACUUGUAGCUGCUACAUUGGACAUGUUAUUCAUAGUAUGCAUUUCAGAUGUGGUAAGUGACAUGUGAAGCAUCCAGUGGUAAAUUAUUACUUCUUUAGAAA